CGCAAGUGGCGAGGAACGGGAGCAAAAAUACUUGUCAAGUCCCGCGAAACCACGUGAGUAUGGCGGAGGGUUUCUCCCCAGGGACGAAGUGUGAAGAUCGGGAGAGGAACUUAAAGAUGUCAGCAGUGGUAGUCGUGCAUGGUGGGGCGUGGGCCAUACCAGAUGAACUGGCAGAGGCCACUGUUAGUGGAGUAAAGGCCGCCGCUUGUGAAGGGUUUUCUGUGCUGGACAGAGGAGGAAAUGCAGUGGAUGCUGUUGAGGCAGCUGUGAGAGCUAUGGAAGAUAACACUGUGUUUGGUGCAGGACAUGGAGCAGCACUAAAUACUGAUGGAGAAGUGGAGCUGGAUGCCGUUAUCAUGGAUGGAUGCACACUUGCCAGCGGUGCUGUGUCUUGUGUGAGGAACAUUGCCAACCCUGUGUCACUGGCACGGGCAGUGAUGGAAAAGACUGCCCACAUCAUGUUGACAGGCAGAGGUGCAAACAUGUUUGCAGAGAGCAUUGGUAUGGUCACAGUCCCCACUGAGACACUGGUGACUGAGUAUGAGAGGAAAGAAUGGGAGAAACACAAGAACUAUAUUACUGGAGUAAUGGAAGAUUUCAACUCUCAGUGGGCCCAUGAUACUGUUGGGGCAGUUGCUGUGGACCGUGCUGGUAAUGUUGCAUGUGCAACAUCAACUGGAGGGAUCAGAAAUAAAAUGGUUGGCAGAGUAGGAGACUCUCCGAUUAUUGGCUCUGGAGGAUAUGCAGACAACUUGAGUGGUGCAGUGUCGUGUACCGGUCAUGGAGAAUCCAUUCUUAAAGUCACACUGGCCAGACUCAUUCUUUCACAUAUGGAACAAGGUAAAUCAGUAGCAGAGGCUUCACAGUUGUCUCUGCAGUACAUGGGGGAACGUGUUCGAGGUGCAGGAGGUGCGAUUGUAGUUUCUCCAUCAGGGCAGUGGGCAGCCACAUUUACCACAGAGCGGAUGGCUUGGGCAGCUGUGGAAAAUGAUGUUCUGUGUUAUGGAUUAGACCCAAAUAAAAGAUUACAAGAGCAGUUGUCCAAAUAACAAUUCAGUUUUUUAGUCCUUAUUAUUGUAUUUAACAAUAUAAUAGGGAACUGUAUUUCAAAUGUGUUUUGUACUCAUUUACUAUGGUUUGGAUCACUUGACUUGGUGGACAUGUGCUACUGUUGUCUGCAGCAAAGUUAAAUUAGUAGUGUUUUCUUCUGUAUAAUCUGUUAUGUCAAAGCAUACUGUAUAUACAGUGAAACAUAAAUUGUAAAAGGUGGAGAAGAUAAAUAUUACAGUACACAAGUCUCGAGACCCAUUAGUCACUGGAGCAGCUAGUCCAUACAUUUUACUAAUUUAUCUUAUUGCAUAUGCAAA